AUGGUGUCGCGGUGGGUGGCGGUGGUGGUUGCGCUUCUCAACGUUCUGCCUUCAGCGGUGUUCGGGCAAGAGGCCACGAAGGUUACACUUCACAACUACGUGCCGGAGGGGGCGACAUGGGCAGGUCCUCCGAUAUUCUCUGCCUCGACGACUAUCGCUGCAGUAGGGACGAAUACGGCGGCGGAUGAGACAACAUAUGUGCAGGAAGUAGUCGUGUCGUAUGCCGCACAACCCUAUCCAACGAAAUACUCCGACUUUCGGGACGCGACCACGACAUGGACCCUCAUCAGCGAGCCCACAACAGCGACAUGUCAGUGCGGUUUCCUCUCCGAUGAUCCCAUGUCUUCUUCCCUUACUCUCGUGCUGCUAAUCACUUUACCCGCCCCUUCCCACAGACACAUUUGUAGAAGGCGCGUCGAAGAUCUAUCAAUCCGUGCCUGCGGACUCAAGUCGUGGCUACUUCGAGGCCGGCUUCGUGCAAUCGUGCUCUGUCCACGAGAAUGGAACCGCGGACUGCGAGUUCACGGUGCUGUGGGACAUAGAGGCGAGCUCGGGCGUGGUCCAGAAGCCGACGACCUAUACGGGAACUGUGGUCCCUUUCUAUACCCUAACAGUGAAACCUAA